UGGCCACCGAUGGUUGCAAACAGUUUUCCGCUGGGGCAACAACCAUUCUGAACGCACAAGGAAGAGGAAGGAGAAAAAGAAGCAAAAUCCAACCAACACUCCCUAAACGGAGCAGUGGUAGUAGGGUAGUAGUGCAGUAAAAAGUGUGAUGGGUUGGUGUUUUAGGGGUGUUUAGGUCGCUAUCGUCGAUUCUAGAGGCAGCUGCGUAGAGCUGCUGCGUUACAACAACUCCCCCCAUUUCUACUGCCUCUCAACCACACACAGAAAGUGUUGUCGAGCAGGUGGUGUGCUUUAAGCAAGCGAGUGGUGCGUGCGUAUAGCCGUAUAUAUAUAUGCGUGUGUGUGUCUAUGUAUUUGUGUGUUGAGUGUACAAUCUGUUGAACGUUCUGGUCUGCCGUCUGCCGACUGCUGCUGCACAGCGAACGGCAAAACCCCUCGCGUAAGCUUUUGUGCCAUUGUGAGCGCAAUUUGGAUGUGAGGCCUAUUGUGUUUGUGUGUGUGUCUCUGCGUGCAAGUGUGUGUUCUUUGUACACGCGCGCGUGUGUGUGUGCACAUGGUUGUGGAAUCAUCAGAAAACAGGGACAAAAUGUUCCUAUAUUUAUUGUGCCGUUGAAUUCAGCGCAUUCUUCAGUGGAUGAAAACAAUGGAAUGGAAGGAAAGGCGCUGUUGCUACUACUUCCCGGAAGCGAUAUUUAUCCUGUAAAUGUGACUCUACCCCGUGUGUCAGACAUCAUCCGAGAGUCGUUCUGGAUGGAGAAGCGUACUUGCGUGAUGCAAUCAAUAGCAGCAAAGCGAUAAAUCAGCAACACUUUUGUACAACACUACUAGCAAACUAAUCAAGCAGCGAUCAAGAUUUACCAGCUGAAGCUUAUUUUUUUCUCAAUAAGUAGCAACAUUAAUCGUGAACUCAACUUGAGCGUUACACAGUAAGAGAAGAUGCAAUGAUAGCAUUGGAAAACUUACCGAUACAGCGACUAUCCUGUAACGCUUCACAUACUAUGAAACGGUCAUCCAGCCUGUGAAGCAGCGUCAUUCAACCAGUGACUUUGACACGAUCGCACCGAAACACGAAACCAGUACUUCAGCUCACUCGCACGAACACACAUUUGCACGUACUGAAGAUGAAGCUGUAAAUAAUAGUAAGCCUUCAGGGCAUUCGCUUGCAUCCCCCUUCAUACACGAACUACAAGAAGCAGUCUCCAGCAUCGAGCAGCUGAACAUAAAAGGCAGCAAAGCGUCAAUUUAUUUGUUUCCUUCUCAGGAGGUGACGUUACCCAUCUCGGCGGGAGAAAACGCCGUUCAAAAGAGUCGAGAACAACAAAGCAGCAAAAGCGGUUGGUGGUCCUGCACCGCCUCCCCCCGCACUGUGUAGCUGAUAGAUCUUGAGUUGUUGUGCAAGAGCUGCUUAAGUGACGGCCGCCCAGAACAACAACAAAACCUACCGUGUGCUUCCGUGCAAAACCCCCUGUCGUGAGAGAGAUAGCGAAGGAGAGAGUGGGUGAGCGAAAGUAAGGGGUGUGAGGAAUAAAAAGAGAAAUAGUAAACAACAAUCACACACACACACACAUAGGAAGAUGAGUUUCUUCAGCUCGCUACAGCAGUACGUGACGAGUGGAGUGGCCGGGCUGGGGUUAAACCCACGAAGGUUUUCCCUUUCGCGCCAGGAAUCGGCCGAAGGUUCGUCCGGCCCGUCCGGCGGUCACUCGUCCUCGUCGUCCUCCGUCACCUCACCGUACGGUGGCGUUUCGGGUGGGAUGGGACACAGCCCCGGUCCGAGCCCGGGAGGACCGGGUAGCAGCGGCCAGGGCAUGGGUGGCAGUACUGGAUCCGGUGGUAGCGGUAGUGGUGCGACCGGUGGCGGAUCGUCCGGCAUGAUGGGAGGCACAUCGGCAGCGGCAGGAACGUCCCUCGGAUACGGCAAGGUGGCAACACCUUCAACGCUUGCCGCACCGGGCACACCGCCAAUACGACGCCAAUCGUCGGGCCGCGGGCUGGAUGCGCUCGUGCCGCCGCCCCGCCAGGGUUCGUUCCGUGGCCGCAGCUCGCCGAUCAAUCCCAACCCACCGGACAAGCCGUCGUUUUCCGUGUGGAAGCGGCGCCCGUCCUGGCCCGAGGUGGAAAUUAAGUCGUCGUCCGGCUAUCCGUCGCGGGCCCCUAUGAUAAUGGUGCAACCGGUGGCGGAAGAAUGUUUCUCCUCGCACGGUCCAAACGAGCAAGGAGUGACGGAAAUAGUGUAUCGCUUCGACAAAAUGAACCCACCCUAUAAUAGUGUCGUGAGUGCGAAUAACAAUAGUGUGCAGGAAAAUGAUGGUUCCUACUUCGAAAGCUUCACUGCCCUGUCGUGGAAGAGCGAAAACCGGCGCAUGUCCGCGGUGCGGGCGGUGGAGACGCGGGCCGAAAUACUGCCGGAGAAUGACAACGAUCGGCUGCUGGAGGACGACAUCGAGCGGUCGGAGCAGAAGGAGCAUCUCUACCUGGACGUGCUGUACGCGAUUGCAAAUACGGUCGGCGCACCGGCACCGGGAGGACAGAAGCGUCUUAAAUUUGCACACUACAAAGAGGAGAUGUACCUUCAGGCGCAGCGCGUGUUCAACGUGUCGGCCGACCGGCACUACCGGCUGCUGCAUGCCGCCACCGAGGAGAAGCCCAAAAUCAUCGUGCUCACCGUGAUCGUGCAGGAAGCGGAAGGGCUCGAGGCAAAGGACGCCAACGGUUUCAGCGAUCCAUACUGCAUGCUCGGCAUUCAGCCGUCCGGUACACCGCCUCCCCCCUCGCCCCAACCGCCCAUGACACCGCGGACCCUGUCCGACACCGGCAUGGACAGUCUGGAUUCGCCCGAGCACGGCAAGCUGCGCAAGCAUCACAGCUUUCGGCUGAGCUUCAAGCGCAAGGACGGCCGCCAGCAGCGGGACUCGGUCGGCCCGGUGCCGGCCAAGUUCAUCCGCGCGACCUCGGUCAAACCGCACACGCUGUGUCCGAAGUGGAACGAGAAGUUUAAAUUUGACAUCGACGAUAUACAUUCGGAUCAGCUCCAUCUGGACAUAUGGGACCACGACGACGAGAGCAGCGUGCUAGACGCUGUAUCGCGACUGAACGAAGUGAGGGGCGUUAGGGGUUUAGGUAGAUUUUUCAAACAGGUAUGCCAAUCGGCACGGCAAGGCUCGCAGGACGACUUCCUCGGUUGUAUCAAUAUUCCAGUCUGUGAUAUACCUUCAACUGGCCUGGAGGGUUGGUUCAAGCUGGAGGCACGCAGUUCGCGCAGCUCGGUCCAGGGGCGCAUCCGGCUGAAGAUGUGGCUCUCCACGCGGGAGGACCGCGGCACGUCCGAGGAGGACAACACGCUCGAGGUGAAAAAGUUCGAACGGCUGCAGACAAUCUUCAUGAUGCACGAGCUGACCGUGUUCGAUCCGGCCUGGAAGUGGACCGGCGAGCUGGCCGGCCCGUCGCUUACCAUCCUUCACCAGAUGGCUGUGCAAAGUGAUCUAUCGGAUCUACAAAUUUCGUUAGCAAAAUUGGUAGCUAUCAUACGAAUCAAUCGCAAGAAACCGCUCGACACCAAGUUCAUCCACCGGCAGCUGAUCGAGGUGGACAAGCUGUGGAUCAACAACUACAACAACGAACCGCUGACGCGCGAGCUGGAACAGUGGCUGGCCGAUUCGCUCAACGGGUUCGUCGAGCGAUCGCUCUGCCAGAUGCGCCGGCAUCGGGAGAUCUUCCCCGCACUGCAUCCACCGUCGCUCGUGCGGCUCGAGUAUCUGUUGCGCUGUCUCGGGCUGCUUGGCUCGAUGCGAGCCUUCCGCCAGGUGAGCCCGUUCAGCAAAGGGGUGCGGGGCGAGAUUGUCGGUGCGUUGCGCAAGGGUUCGAUUACCUGGUCGCAGGCGCAGCUGCGCGAAUCGCAACGCUCGCCGAACCCGCUGGUGCACUACACGACGAUCCUGAUUGCGGACCUGCAGCUGGGCGUUACGUACUACCACGGGCUGUUCGAUUCGACCAACGGCAUCCAGUACUUUAGCAUCGUUUACAAGCAGUUCGAUUCAUUGCUUUCGGAGGAAGUCACCAACCGGAUCGAGUGUGGCCAACUACCCGGCACGAUAGUGAACCACUGGACCAUCCUCGAUCACGACCGAGAGCCCGACACGGCACCGUUCGAGAUCUACUUCGCCCUGCAGGAGUUCCACAACCUAAAAUCGCACCUGUCCGUCACACCGCAGCCACCGGAGAAGCCGCUCGGGCUGCAGAACUUCCACGAGUGGUUCGAGCCCGCCGUACAGCGAUGGAUUUCCGUCAGCAAAACCAAGGCGAUCCAGCGCAUCAAGGCGGCCGUCAGCGUGGAUCAGGUGUGCGAGGGCGAGCGCAUCGUGCGGCACAGCACGUCCUCGAUCGAUACCGCUUCCUGCUUCUACCAGAUACGCGAGUUUUGGAAAAACCUAGCCUGGCCCGACCACAGCUCCGGUGCGCACUACGAAACGCUCAUCAUCGAUCUCGUCUGCACGACGGCCAACGUGUACUCGGACCUGAUCCACCAGGGGCUGGCGGACGGUGGCUCCGGUGGCUAUUACGACAACAAGCAGGGACAGCAGCAGCAGCCCCGCUCCACCGACGAGCUGUGCGUGGUCGUGAACAAUCUCGAGUACGUGCGCCGUGGGCUCGCGGAGUUCCAUCCCGAGACGCACCAGCUGCCGGAAAAUGCGGAAACCCUGCUCGACAACACGAUCGCCCAGCUGGAAGCGAAAGCGGACCGCGUGCUCACCAAGCUGACCGCCUCGAUGCAGGGCCCGCUGCAAAAGUCCGUGUUUCAUCUGGCCUGGUCGCCGGAUUCGCUGCCCGCCAAUCAGGCCGUGAUGCCGCUGCUCGAGUAUCUCGAUUCGCAUCUGGCGACGCUCAAUGUGACGCUGCUGUCGCAAAACUUUUACCGCGCCAUGACACUGAUCUGGAACAGCGUGCUGACCGAGUUCGCCAAGCAGAUGGAUGCCGGCGGGGAGGGCGAAAAGCCGACCAACUUCCACGACCGCAUGUACGGAGCGCUGCAGCUGCUCGGGGAGUUCUUCAACGCGGAGGGGCUUGGCCUGCCGCCGGAGAUACUGCACAGCGACACGUUCUGGCGGGUGGAGCAGCGGCUGCAGUACCACAAAACCGACACCGACCAUCUGAUCGAUCUGUUCUACAUGCAGCGGCUACAGGAGCAGCUGAAUACGAUCGGGCAGACGCCGCUGGGGUCGCUUUCGGUCAAGGCGUACCUCAACCACGAUUCGCUCUGCGUGGAGAUACUGCACGCGAAGGAUGUGAUCCCGCUCGAUCCCAAUGGUUUCAGCGAUCCGUUCGUGAUCAUCGAGCUGCUGCCGCGGAGGGUGUUUUCGCACUGCUCCGAACAGCAGACCAACGUGCAUAAGAAAACGCUCAACCCGGUAUUUGACGAGUGUUUCGAGUUUUCCGUCACCCAGGAACAGUGCCAAACCGAGGCGGCCAUGAUCGUGUUCACCGUGAUGGAUCACGACGUGCUGACGGCAAACGAUUUCGCGGGCGAAGCAUUCCUGGCGCUGAACAACAUCCCGGGUGUGGCCACCAACUUUAACAUCGACAACUUUAACGGGCUGGCCCAGAUCGAUCUUCCGCUGCUCGAGAUGAAGGAUAAAAAUCAUCCGAUACUGCAAAUUCUUGAAGGGCGAGUCAAUGACAAAAAUGCGAUGGAUUUUCUACGCAAGCAGAAGGCUCGUGUCGUUGGUUAAAAUGCUACAUGCUGAUCGUAGGAAGGAAGAAAAGCUUCAACCCAAGAAAAACUAAAGUCUGUGAGGCACCUUGCGGAAGAUGAUCAUGCUUUGCUUGCACGGAUCUUGAUCUAAACUAGAGCUCAACAAUACACGACGCACAGGAAAAACACACAGGAAACGAAAACACUUGAUGCAGAGCAUCGUUCAGCAACUCCCGUAACCACAUGGAUAGUGAUGGUAUGAUAGAUCGCAACAUUUACGCAUAUGGUAGAGAAUUUAUAUAUAUACACAAUGAAAAAAAAAACACAUACAUGUUAGAUUGCACCCGAACAGCAGUAGUAAGACUCUCGUAAGACUUGUACGUUCACAUCGCAAAUUACUCAUCGUUAGCGCAUCGUUCCUUGUGUUUCUAUGAUAGCCAACCAUUGCCUUCUAAAAAAACCAAAACCAAACCCUUACUUAAGUAGAACGCUGUGCAGUAGUUUAGAUGUAUAUACCCCGGCGUAGCACGUUUUAAAAAGCACAAAAUCUUGUUCCCCCCGCACUCCCCUCCAUGCUGGAAUCGAAAUCUGGAUGUCGAUCGUCAAACUCAAACUUUCAAACUACGAAGAGAUAGAUCACUAAGCAGAGAAGAGAAGACGACUGGACGGUUUGUGUGACUGUGAGCAUCAGUCAGUGGGUGAUCGGUGUACGUACCCGUGUUCCGAUGCCUCUUUAUAAUUAUCUACUUCUAGCUUAGUAACGACACUACUAGGGAAAAACAACCACAAACCACAAAACAAAACCUGUAUUUUUAACGAUAUAAAACGUACAACUAUUGACAACGUAAGACUAUCUCAUGAAAGAAAACAGAAAACUCACAAGCGUAACAGAUGUAUCAGAUCGCGCCGAACUCUUGCAUCCAAAUUAAAGAGAAGAAGAAAACACCCUCCCCCAAUGCUUUCAUUUGUGGGCCAGAACAUUUGAACAGUUUAUAUAAAAAAAAAAAAACAAGAGCGAGACAAAUUACAGUGAAAUAAGGAUGAGGAGGAGAUCAAGCAUCAAUCAAUUAUAGAGCCAUUAUAGGUGAUGACCGCCAACCCAAUAUUCCAUCUAUCUAUACAAACUCAUAACGACUCUUUGUAAGGAACAUUAUACACAUUAUCAAAGGAUGAUCGCUAUCUUCUACAGUGAGCAGAACUGCACCGCGCUGUAAACUAACUAAACUAUAAAACGGCGUUUGCCAACGUAAAUGUAAAGCAACCUACGAAUGAACACUAGUAGGACACACUACGCUGAAUGAUAGCUGCAUGAUGAAUGGUGAUGAACGAUCGCGCUGAUGAGUGAAUGGGUUGUAUUCCAAAUUCAUCGAGUAAAUGACCAACGAGAGAGCGGGAGAUAAAGAGAGAGAAAGAGAGAAGGGAAAAGAAACUAAAGCAUAUGGAAGGACGUAACUUUUAAGCUGUAAAUUUUCACAAACUGCAGAUAUUUUCUUAUGAAUGAAUAAUGACUCUAGGAAGUCGCCAGUCGGUGCGAACCGGAACAACACCGGAACAGUGAAGCAAACGUGUUGUGCAGUGAAGAAAACACGCGUGUUUGCUUUUCCGUUCGCGAAAGGCGCGCAUACAAAAUUGCACUACAAACUAAAACAACCACAAAACCAAUCGCUAUCCAUCCGAUUCAUCUCGUGUUCGAUUUUUGUGUGUAGAAAUUCACAUUCUAUUUUAACGUCCUAUACACUGCCUCCUAUUUUCAAAAGCUUUCCCAUCACUUGUAUUCCAGAAAGACCGAAAGUCGUGUGUUAACGCACAUUUAGUAGAGCUUUCACUUUAAUUACUGUGUAGACGACAGCUAUAGAACAUUUUUCACAGAUAACAAUUCAGUAGCAGCAUAAGCAUGUGGCACAACCAAAAUAGCCCCACAUAAUAGCAUCGGUGGUAUGUUAGAUUAUGCUCUUCUUUCUUUUCCCAAUCAUCACAUGAACCUUAUCUAUAGCGUAAAUCGGUAAAUGUCGAGCUUAGAUGUGCUAAAACUCUAAAUAGUGUAGUUAACGGCAAAAAAGCACUUUAGCAGAAGGUUACGGUAGUGGCUUCACACAAAAACUGGGCAAUGAUAUAGCAAACGCUGUUGCCAAUCUUUAUCCGUACUGUGAGUAUGUAUAUGUGUGUGUAUGUGUGUGUUUGUAGAAGAAUUCCAACAUAUAGAUGUGAGUGUGUGUAUGUGUAUUUUGCUGCACCAGAGCGCUGCUGAUUGGUUGGUUUGUUGGGUAGCAUGCUGAUGGCAUACCCGGCUAGGCAAAACUUGUACAGAACUGCGCCCUCCCACAGCACGUACUUUUCUACAAUGGCCAAGCUUUAAAACCAGAGACAUCUUCGACUCACCACCAUCCGCACACCUUGCCGACAAAAAGCAAGCAAAAGGGGGGAUAGUGUAGGAGGUGGUGUGCAAGACUCAAGGGGGGGGGGGGGGUAUCAUCUAAAACAUCCUCACAACACGUCUUCAUUGAUCAUCAACACAGCAAACCAAAGGGCAAAACUACCAAUACGCGUGUCUCGUUUCUCGAUGUACCUCUAACGUUUUUUCAAUGGCAUUCAUCAUUCGAUAGUGCACGAGGGCACGAAGGUAGUAAAGACACAUCAAACAUAUACUUAAACAGGUGUACUAUUUUUGUAUUAACAGAGAGACCGACCGAGUGUGUGUGCGUUUUUUUACUACCAAUCUUUAUACAAUUAAAUUUUCCAACCGCUUGCAGCAACUUCUCGUGCGUUCCCUAACCCUGUGCAAGGGAAUAUGGGGAAAGUAAUAUCAAGGUAAAAACAAUAACAGUUAGCAAUACAAAAUUGGAACUCCUCCUGUUUUUGAGAGGGCAGUUGCAUUACGCGAAUCAUUGUCUAAAGCUAGAAAACGAAUGUAACUCAUAACGCGAUAAACGGAUGGGGGAAAACUAUUUACCUAGGAUCUAUCAAAACAAAACUCACACACCUUGUAGAAAAGCGACCGAUUAACACAGUAGCAACGUAACACAUGCACUCUCUAGGCAGCCUUUUUCUAGUGAAACUAAACGUAAAACAUCUUCCUUAAGGUCCUUAGCACGUAAAAUAGUGAUCUCGUACCUUCUCCUCACUCAUUUCGAUAGCGGUUUGUAUAGAAGCAUCUAACUCACCAGAGCGCUCAACCACUCUCCUAAUAGCAUCAUCUUCACAGCAUCACCCGCCGUGUACGUGUACCCAUAAGCACACACACACACCACAGAAUAGAUCACGUAGAGAGGAUGCUGCAUAGAAAGGAUCCCCCUUUUUGUAUGACUGCGACUUUUUGUAUUGUAUAAUUGCAUCUUUCUUGCGACUUCUGUUGAACGAUACUAUUUCUCUACCUAGUCUCUUACUAAUGCUCGGCUUAACGAGGAGGCUCUCCGAGUUGUGGAAGCUUCGAAAGGAAAAAAUUAAGAAAAAAUGCUGAAAAAACAAGAUCAAGUACAACUAUUUCACUUGUGAGGAAUAGGAAGCUGUGGGAGAAAAUUUAGUUAAAAAUCAAAAUGAAACACACCUUCAAGCCGGUAUUUUCGCUAAUGAGUGGAAUUGAGGGAGUGAAAAUGGAACGCUUUUCCAGGAAAGUAAACUCCUACUCUUACUGGGGUAACAUUUAUAAGCUAGACUUAAACACAGCAACACAAAACGAACAUCAAACGAAACCAAAGAAGUAUUGUUUUUUGAGAAGAAAACAAAAACAUGGCCGCUCGAACUGCUGCACUAUAUUUUUCUGUACACCAACACAUAUUUUUACUAAACAAAACAACUACAAAAAAGGCCGCUAAAAGCCCGCUCUGUUUAUUAGCUAAAUGCGUUUUUGCGUUUACCCCGUUUUCCUUCCUCCUGCUGCUGCUGGUGGUGGUGGUGGUGAUGGUAGGGGGAUGCAUUUUAAUUGUUGGAAAUCAAAGAAUUUAACUGAAUGUUGUACAACUACCAUUAAAGAAUACACUAUAUAUAUUAUAUAUAAAUAUAUACAUAAAAAUACCAAAAGGGAGGUUUUGGAGCGAGAAAAGUUAGAGAUGGCAACGAUGGCAACAAAGCGCACGGCACGGGAAAGACUUGUUCUAAUUUUUAAAAUCAAACCAAACAAAACCUGUCUGAAUUGGUGUGACUAUUAGUGAAAGUGAUUGGCUAAAAAAAGAAGAAGAAAAAACACUAAUCAAUACUGUGCAGAGCGAUAAAAGAG